GGCGCAGCCCGCGGGAGGAAGCGGCCGCUGCAGCAUCCUCGGGGGUCCCGGUCGCUGCCCUGCGGAGGAGGCUGUGGCGGAGCCCGCUCUCGCUGCCCGGCGUUAGCGAGGAGCCCCUGAAAGAGGCCAGCGCCUUGUGCCCUCAGCCUGCGGGCGUCCGGGCUUACUUGCCCGGUGACUUUAUUGCUGGUUGUGCAGCACCGGAGCUGCAACAGCUGUGCUUUCGGUUCCUGUGGGUCUGCUCUGAGUGGAGGCGUGUGGACACUGGCUACGCUUUCUCCUUGCAGGUGCUGAAAAGAAUUGCACUGCCCGUUUUCGUCCCAGAAUGGCUUCAGCUGACUAUCAGGAAGUUCUCCAGUACUACGAUUUAUAUGAAACAAUUGGAUCUGGUGGGUUCGCAAAGGUAAAACUUGCGCGACACCUCCUCACUGGUGAAAAAGUUGCAAUAAAGAUCAUGGACAAACUUGCUCUAGGGGAUAGCUUGUCUUCCAUCAAACUAGAAAUUGAUGCCAUGAAAAACUUAAGUCACCAGCAUAUUUGCCGGUUGUAUCAUGUGAUAGAGACAUCCAAGAAUAUAUUCCUGGUCUUAGAGUACUGUUCUGGAGGAGAGCUAUAUAGUUAUGUAACCUCCAAAUGCCGUCUUUCUGAAGAGAGAAGUCGAGCAUUUUUUCGGCAGAUUGUUUCAGCAAUUGCUUAUGUUCACAGUCAGGGAUAUGCCCACAGGGAUGUCAAACCAGAAAAUGUACUGGUUGAUGAGGAACAUAAUUUGAAGCUGACAGACUUUGGACUUUGUGCAAAACCAAAGGGUGGCCUUGAUAAACCCCUGCACGCACGCUGUGGAAGCCCAGCUUAUGCAGCACCAGAGGUGAUUCAGGGCAAACCAUAUAUUGGCUCAGAGGUAGAUGUUUGGAGCAUGGGAGUACUGCUGUAUACUCUACUGUGUGGCGUUCACCCCUUUGAUGAUGCUGGUGAUAAUACCAUCGUGUCUGUCUACAGGAGGGUACUGGUGGACCCAAAGAAGCGCAUUACGGUUAAGCAGCUGUUACAUCACCCCUGGCUCAUGGAAGGUUAUUCUCGUGCUGUUAAGUGGCAAACUGACUACCCGCUGGUACAACUUGAUGAAGAGUGUAUAGCAGAGCUUUCUGUGUUUUAUAAACAAAGCAAGGAGACUAUAUUGGAUUUAAUAUCAGAGUGGAAAUAUGAUGAAAUGUCCGCAACGUAUCUCUUGCUUCAAUCCAAGAAGGCUCGUGGCAAGCCUAUUAGCUUAAGGGCUCCAUAUCUAAUGGGGCAUGCCAGUACAAUGCAACCAGUAGGCUUCAAGCAUUCAAGGCAUGAUGCUCAACUGGAUGAUACAGAAUUCACAACGUCAACUUCAGUGACAAGAAAAGGGGCACCAGAGAAGCAUAAAAACAAAGAGAAUGUUAGUCCAGAGUCAGCUUCAAGAAAUGAAAUGCCCUUUGCACUUCCUGCAAAGAGUCAAAUUGAGACACAAGUACAAACCGCACCUGCCUUCAAAGAGAAUCCACUCCCUGUAGUCACCGCAACUAAGAAACCCACAAACACAGACGAAUUGUCAGCAGCUGAGGCUCUUACAGAAAGAAGGUGUUCAGGGGAGUUGGAUCCUGACUUAACUCAGAUGGUUACCAGACAAAAGAAGAGGAAAGCCAAACUACUUGAAAAUCUUGAAAGAGGCCUAGAUAGAAUGACCAAUAUGCUUACACCAAACAAAAAGAAACUAUUCACUAGAGAUUGCCCGAGGAAAGUGAAGGCAUGCAGUAAUGUUACCACCACACAGCUACUGAAUCCAGACCAACUGUUGAGUGAAAUAAUCACUGCGCUUACAAAGAAUCAUGUGGAAUAUGUUCAAAAGGGUUAUUGCCUGAAAUGUGAAACACUGUCUGUCAAGUUUGAGUUAGAAGUAUGCAUACUGAGUAAACUCGGAGUAACAGGUCUCCGGCAACAACGGCUUAAAGGUGAUGCCUGUGUCUACAAGAGAGUAUUGGAAGGCAUCUUAUCUAGCUGCCAGCUAUGAUGGGCUGAUGUAUGUACUGAGAAAGUAGCAGGUUUGCACCAAAGUUUUAGUCAAAUAUUUUAGAAAGGUCUGUUCAGAAAAGUAAAAGAUUUUCCAAAUACAGCUAUGAAUGCUGCAAAACUAAUCUUCCUUGUUUUUAACUUUUAUUUACAGAACGUUUAUUACAAGUUUUACAAUAAUGGAGAUGUUAUGUAAGUUUUUCCCUGUCUCCUGCAUAUUUUACAUGUACAUGGAUUAAAGUA